UCAUCCAUACCCCCACCAUCCCAAGCCUCAAUGUCUCUCUGGCUCUGUAACUUGGUCCGUUUGUGCCUCACAACCCCAUGGCCUUUACUAACCUAUGCUGCCACUUGGAUAACACUACUAACGUUGACGGUUGCAGUGGCCUCUUUCUCACCGCAGGUGGCGUUUGUCUCUGCCAUAUCUCCUUCCUCUUCAUUCUCUCAGAAGUGCAGCACUGAUGGGUCCAUUAGAAUGCCCUUAGAUGUUCCAGGAGACAUCCUGUGUUUUCCUGCUCAUCUCUUCAUUAAAUCCAAGAUUGAUCUUGUCGUUCCACCCGUCUUUGCAGCGGUAAUUGUAGCAGCUUCUGCUUGCGUAGUGCGAGCUGUGGGCUUGUGGGAGCAUUAUCAAAACCGUUCAGAAGCGAAUUAGCUUGGUAUUCCU